AUGUAUCUAUACCGUAAAAACCCAAGCUUUUGCUCUCAACAAAGCUUCCACUCUUCUGGGUCCUUCUUUGCCUCAGCUUUCGCUGCAUCAGUCGCCGCUACCGUCGCUGCUGGAACCCCUUUUGCCUCCAGGUUCCUUUUUGGUUAUCCCAAGGUUUCUCAUUGUGAUGCUGUUGCGGCAUUGCCUGAAGAUUAUAUUUCAAAUAUAAACAAAGUAUCCGAAGAUAUCAUUAAGAAUGCUAAGAGCUUAAAGGAUGAUGCUCUUAAAGACUCCGCAAAGGAGUAUAAGGUUGAGUUGAAGCCUCUUUAUUCAGCCUUUGAGUUGAGGCCACUUGCUAUGACAACUUUGAGGUCGUUUCUGAUGUUCUAUUUGCCUCUUUUGGAGCCUGCUACAAAUGUAGACGAGGAUGAUGACGACGACUUCCUGAAGGACCAUCCAGAAGAACAACGUGUGGAUUUAAUUGUUCCCUUUAAAAAGUCGAUGAAGCAAAUAGUUCGUGAGGUGUGUUGUUUUCUUUUGAUCUUUCCUUUGGCCUUCUUUCUAUGGUAUCCCGAAGUCUGCCACGGAGCCAAUUGCUCGAUAGUGUUCAUCUGCUUCUCUCUUUAUUGCUUGUAUCUUAUGACGUCUUAUAUGUUUUCUCAACGAGAGUUAAGCAAAAGCCAGUUUUAUUAUAAGCUUCUCAUGAGUUUGACAACAAAAGCAGAUGUCCCGAAAUCAGCUGUCCGGAAGUCCCAAAGAGGAUUGCCUACCACAGUGUACUUCUUCAGAGUUACCAGAACAACUUUCCGAGGCCACCUUCUUGGAGUUGUGGCUGCGGGGCUUGUUCAAACUGGUAUUGAAAUCUACAAAUUCUUUGCUCGCAUAAAGGACUCGGAAGAGGGUGAUGGGGUCAACACAAAAAAACAAGCUAAACUUCUUGGAAAGAAGAUUUCUGGUAUAAUCAUCAGGUGUGGAGCAUCAUUGAUAUUUGCUUCCAUUGGAGCCGGGAUCGGUGCUACACUUCUCCGUCCUUCAAUCGGUCAAUGGAUCGGCUGUGCUGCUGGAGACUUGGCUGGGCCAAUUAUAGUUUCCGUUUGCCUCGAGAAAGCUUUUCACGUCAACCUCUAGAGCACAUCAAAUUUCACAUGUGAAUUUUUAGUACCUUCUUUUUCAGAGAAUUAAAUGAAAUUUUACCAAUAAUAUACACACUGAAUUGUAGUUUUUUUCUGAAGCAGAAACUGCUUCUCUAGCUGCUAAUCCGAAUUUUUCCGGUCCGGGGACGAUUAUUUUUCUCGGAUUUUUACCAUUGAA